AUAGUCUAUGACAUCACAACCAGUCACCCAGUAGAGAUCUCUCCGCAGUGUGGAAAUAGUUGGUAGAGCACACGCAAUCCAAGCCACCUUUUUAGCUACCAGAGCAAUAUACAUUUGUGAGUUUCUUGUCCGCAUCGCUUGGACCAAUUGGAUAGGAUUUUUUAUUCAUUUUAACUGGCUCCGACAGAAGCGCAGUCAGUGAAGGACGUUUGAAAACUAACGGUCUGAAUGAUUGACUUUGAUUAGUUCAGGAUUAAGUUCAAACCGGGAAAAGACACGGAUAGAGGUUUUGUUUUUACCAACGACAUAAGAUUAAUUUUAAUCAGCACAGACAGCAUGGCGAGAGAGGACGCUCGGAAUAGGCAUGACUUCACAAAAAUCAUCGGACUGUUCAGCGUGGUCACGUUGCUGACUUUUCAAGGGGCAUUGUCUCAGCAGGUGAAGGUGGAACCGGAAGUGAUGUCCUACCCCAGCCAGGCGGUCAACCUGAGGUGUGCCUUCGCAGACGCUGGAGGGAUACAGCUCACACAGGUGUCCUGGAUCUAUGAGCCGAAGGAGGGCGAGAGGCUCAACAUCGCCGUGUACCACCCUAAAUUUGGGGCAAGUUUCCCCACAUCGCCCCUGAAGGGGCGGGUCCGCUUCACGACGGAGCCCCCCUCCCUCAGCAACCCCUCCAUCCAGAUCUCAGACGUCAAGAUGAGUGACGAGGGAAAAUACAUCUGUGAAUACGCCACCUACCCCAGCGGCAACGAACAGGGUGUCACCUCCCUCGUCAUGCUAGGUAGGACUGUGUGUGUGUUCUGUUUCCCUAGUCUGUGUAUCCAUGUUCUAUUAUGUAUCUGUGAAUACGCCACCUACCCCAGCGGCAACGAACAGGGUGUCACCUCCCUCGUCAUGCUAGCCAAACCCAGGAACUCUGCCUCCGGGGUAACAGUGAUAGCCUCCACUGUCGCCGCGGGAGCCAAGCCAGUUGUUGUGGCCCGCUGUGAGUCGGCCGACGGUCGCCCUGCUGCCCGGAUCGCAUGGGUGACAGCUGUCAACGGCAACGCUACCUCCGCCUCUACGGCGGGCGCUGACAACACCGUGACGGUAUCCAGCCAGUACAUGCUGGUUCCCACAGCAGCAGACAACGGCAAAGACAUCAGCUGUUUGGUGUCCCAUCGAACCCAGGCCAAGCCUGAGAGCUUCCUGAUGAAACUGGCCAUCGAAUACCCCCCACAGGUGACCAUCGUGGGCUAUGAUAAUAACUGGUACAUGGGUCGGACCAACGUGGCUCUGACCUGUCAGGCUACUGCCAACCCCAUUCCUACCACCAUCACAUGGAAAACUAUGUCCGGUCAGAUGCCAGACACAGUGCAGGUAAAAGAAAACGUGCUGACCGUGCUGAAGGUGGAUGAGCAGGCCAACACAACCUUCGUCUGCGAGGUCAAGAACCGCUUGGGCACCGGCAAAGACCAGGUCACUGUUAUGGUCCGAGAACCCUCUGUGGUCCCCUCCAACGCAGGCGUGGUGGCAGGUGCUGUGAUUGGCUCCCUUCUGGCCCUUCUCCUUGUUGCCGCCCUUAUUGCCGUCCUGGUCACCCGAAGCCGCCGGCAACAGCAGGGUUACCGCGGCAACCCAAACCACAGCUCCUACGACAUAAAGUCGCGCGUCUUCGGUGGCGGCAAGAAGGGGAGCAAGAACGGGACGGGUGCUGGCGCCGGGGGCAACGGGGCGGGCGGCAACAACAGCCCCAUCUACGUCUACAAGGAGGGCUCCGCCCAUGAUGGCCUGACUGAAAAGGCCAAUCACCACGUGCCGCUACACCUGGGGAGGCAUGGUGAGGGGGGGGUUGCCACGGCGCAGGACAUCCUGCUGAGCGGCGAGCUGGACGAGGCAGAGCGGAGAAAGUUUGACCAACUGGAGGAUGACGAGGAGAGUUACGACCACUUUGGAAGGGGCGGGCCCAUCCUGCAGCUCCGCCCAACACAUGACCAGGACGGAAUCAUGGGUGGUUACCUUGACGACGACAUGGAGUCUCAGCGCGACGGGUCGGUCAUCUCACGGACUGCCGUGUACGUGUAGAGAGAACGGGCAGAGGAAGAGGAGGAGGAGGAAGAAGGGAAAGCAGGAUGGAAGAAGGAAAAGAUGAAUGAACAUGUCCUCCUUCUAGAGGAGUCGGUGGUGUUGGGUUCUCCUCUGUUGGAUCAUUUGAAAUAUAUUAACGACGACCAACAAUGCAGCCCAUAGAGAGAGCAAGAUGAAGUGGCUGAGGGAGGCAAUGUACAGAAACAAGAUGGAGGACUGGUGUAUUGAUAAUACAAAUCUUUUUCUCUGGUCCCAAAAUGAAAAGUGGAUCACUUGGGAUCUAUCUACCAAAACAAAUGAAAGAAAUCCUGAAACUAUCUUCCUCACAUUGCUGCUCUGUCUGUUGUGUUCCUCCUUUCCUUAGCUUAGGGACCUUGGAGAUUGAAGCCUCCAGAGAGACACAUUGCGGUAGGGACUUGUGGGUAAAAUGGCAUCUCCAUGCACCUGUUCUCACGUUAGAAACUCCUCACUAAAAUAUUCACUCUUAUCUCCACUAAACGCACAGUAGCAAUGUAAGGGGUGUCAUGAUGAUACCUGCUCCCUGCUAUUCUCGUCUCUCUCCUGUGGGACAACGUUUGUUCCGGCCACAGUAGCCUUGUUUCUGCUGUAUGUGACAGUACUGAGGAAGGGGAAGGUUGACAGCGGAAGUGGUCGAUGUAGUUGUGGUUAAGUAGAAUGUCAGACUCUCUCUCGUGUCUGUAUGUUGCAGUAGGCCUCCUCAUUCUCUCUGCUAUUGUGCCAUCAACUGGAAGUAUGUGCAGAAUUUAGUUUGGGACAUUCUGAAAUGAUUAACAACUUACUGAAGGAGGUAGAUCAUCUAGAUGAAGAGUGCAUGAAAUGGGAAUUGACAGAGGGAUUGAUAGAGGGAACUGUACAGCUGUUCUCAUCUCUGGAGAGACUGGGAGAGAGGGGUUAGGAUGAAUUGAUAAAGGGAGAACAAGGAAAGGCUCUGAAACAGCAGGGCUGUUCUCCCUCUCCUCUUUUUGAUCCCUCUCUUCUUGUGGUGUUCCUGACACGAAGAGUUUGAUUGCUAAUGAGCCAUGAAGUCACCGCUCAGCUUAGCCCACACGCACACCAAAUUACCACCGCUUGGAUGUUAUGACGUGGACAUUUUCUCUCCUCCCCCAGUCUUUCUCCAUCACCUCUCUCUACCCUGUGUGUGUGGGUGAUUUACACAGGGAUACAGGGAGAGCAGAGGUAGGGAGGCAUGAAAUACUCCGUGUCAAACACCCCACUUACUGUACCCCCUUCCUCCUGCCAGACCUGACUCAGAAAGCCAUGGUGGAGUCAUGCCCUGCUCACUGUACAUCUCAGCUUUCAUAGGUUGAUUAGUCAGGUUAUAUAGAAAUCCAAAUACAUGAUGGCAUAUUUGCAUAUUUAAGAUACAAAUGAAGUCAAAUGAAUUGAUUGAUUCUGUGCAUACACAGGGGGGUGAAUGACCUGUUAUAGGACCUACAUUGACUAGCAGAGGUCUGGGUAUAAUCCUUCAUGAUUCAGACCGGAGCCUGAUAGUUUAGUGACUAAUUUGUCUUUCUAACAAGACAGUCGAGGGCUGUUCAAGCCAAUAUCACCAUGUACAACUAUUAUACAUCACUAGAGGCAAACAGAUGAGCACUGGAAGGCUAUGACCAGCUGUCUUCCUGAAGAGCCUUACUUUCCUACCCUCAAUAGCCCAGAUCUGAAUCCCCACUGAAUCAGCCCCUUCACAAAUCCUAUCUCAUGACUCCCCUGUGAUUCAUCGUGUUCCCUGGUUAAUCAGUGGGGUUUCCUUGGCUGCCCUGACCAGGCGAGGCACCUGAUUGGCCCAUUUAAGCCUGGGUCUGUUUCUGGGUCACGGCCAGCCAGAGGUCAUGGGGUCACAGAGAAACGCACACACACUCUGGUGAGAGAGCAACGUGUAGUAGUGUUCCAGGAUGACGUUAACUGUUGUGGUGGAGGUUGACCGUUGUGUGGGGGAGAGACUGGAACGGAGAGGGGGGAGACUGGGAGGAAGGGAUAGAUACUGGACCCACUGCGACUCGCCUAACCAUCAGCACUUGAUAACACUAUAGCCUAAGUCUGUCAGUCCUCAGUAUAGGCCAAAACUCUGGCUUACAUAAACAUUAUAGAUACAGUACACAUGCAGGGAGCAGGGCUCUACAGUGCAGCCGUUUUACUUCAUAUGCGCCUAAGUAUUUUGCUUUGCGACAUGUAACUUUUAUUUUGGUGCACCGGUGCGCCUAGACAAUUUUAGAAUUCUAGCUUUAUUACCUCAAAUAUUUUUCACUGUGCUCCUAAAUUUCUUUGUGUGCGCCUACAUGUUUCAACUUAGCAACACACGUGCUCCUAGAAAAGGUCAGCGUAGAGGCCUGUAGUGAAAUACUUAUCAUGACCACUAAGAAACGCGUAUCUCCAGUCUGCACUUGUAUGUAACACCAAAACAGGAUAUGCCCACUAGUUAUAUUUGUAUGAAGGUGAUCAAGUGUGACUUUGGAGAAAUAUUGAUAAUGUCCUUCAGUUUGUGCUGUGAAGAGGGAGGGAAGGGAGAAAGUUGUAUGUAUAUUUUGGUGUGAGGUAUCUGUAUACUAUAUAUGUACGGCUCUUUAUUCUUCUUGUCGAACUCCUGUGAAAAAAUGUGGAUAUUGAUCAGAGUGUAAAUAACUGCUGUAUAGUCAAUGGUGUCAUGUGGAACUCACUUCCUGGUUUGUCCAAGGUCAAAGUUCAGUCAGAGCCAAUAAUACUGUACUCUGAAUGUAACUGCUUGAAUAGACAACCCUUCAAUGAAAAGGUAUAGGAUGCACAUCUUCAGUUAUUAAAUACUUGUGAAUCUAGUUCAUCUCAAGGACAAUAGUUGAAAAAUGUAAACAUUUUAGUUUUUCAGCCAAGAUGAUAACUGAAAUAACUGGAUUGGCAGGUUCACUAAACUCAAUCAACAUACUUAAGAUACCUGCCCCUUCACCCAUAAACACGCAUACUAUUUAUCAGAUAGGCUAGCUCCUACAUAGGCAGCGCUGUGUGUGGUUUCUGAGUCAGCGCUGUGUGUGGUUUCUGAGUCAGCGCUGUGUGUGGUUUCUGAGUCAGCGCUGUGUGUGGUUUCUGAGUCAGCGCUGUGUGUGUGUGGCACAGAGGCUUUGGGACAUCUGUCAGUGCCACGGUGUGUAACCCGAAUGUCCAUUUCUUGCCCCUCUGUCUCUUAGCAUUGGGAGUUAGAGGAGACAUUACUGUACACUGUCCCCUGCAGCCUGAUCUCUCUCUCUCACACACACACACACACACAGAGAACUAGUAGGAAAGACACUUCCCCAAACGUACACAAACACUUAGUGGUUGGAACUCUGUCAGAACAUUCACAGACCCUUCUGUUCUCCAGAGACUGGGAGAGCCACACACACAUUCCUCUUGCCCACUGUCAGGGAGUUAAGUAACAUGUGUUCUGAGAAU